UUUGGUGCUGAUCAGUAUGAGGUGAAGUCAGUGUCAGUGAUGGAGGGAGGUUCUGUCACUCUAGACCCUGAUCUUACUCAAAUAAAGCAAUUUAAUCUGAUAGAGUGGAGGUUUGGAGAUCCAGUCAUUGCUCAAUAUGAUGGAAAUGACAUCACCUAUCCCAGUCACACUGAGAUAUUCAGAGACAGACUGCAGCUGGAUCAGACUGGAUCUCUGACCAUCAUGAACAUGAAAACCAAACACUCUGGACUCUAUAGACUAGAGAUCAGCCACAGCCAAGGGACAUCAUAUAGAAAAUUCAAUGUUACUGUCUAUGAGUCUACAUCUGAUGCUGGUAAAGCUGAAAUGAAGAGCAUGUCAUUGAUUGAGGGAAAUCCAGUCACUCUUCAGACUGAUGUUCCUCAACUAUACGGAGAUGAGCUGAUAGUUUGGAGGUUUGGAGAUGAAGGAAAACUCAUAGCUAAAGUUGAUAUAGAGGCCAAGAGCUCACCAUUAUAUUACGAUGAGAGAUUCAGAGACAGACUGGAGCUGGAGAAUAAGACCGGAUCUCUGAUCAUCACAAACAGCAGAACCACAGACUCUGGACUUUAUACAGUGAAGAUCAGCAGCAACAAACAGAAGUUUUACCAGACAUAUUUUGUUACCAUCAGUGGUGAGUAACUUAAGUCUUUUACAGUAA